AUGGGGGCAAACCAGACCAGAACGCCCAUCGAACCACGCUACGAGAGGAGGUUCGGGGAGUAUCUUGAAUCCAUUCUCCGCGCGAAUCCCAGCCAGCCAAGCAGCGAUUCCGUCGAGGUUGUCAUCCUCACCCCCAACUCUCUCUCAGAUCCACUUCCCAUGCAGGAGAGCAUAGAGGAAUCUGAUUACAAUGAGCUGUCCGAUGCCGAAGCAACUUCGAUCGACGAGUGCGAUCCUUUGGUUCCGAGCUAUGACAAGACAUGCAUCUGGUGCGAGUGGGAAAAGGCCGAGGCCAAGGAAUACACGGGGACUCCAUGUCCAUCUCACCACAACGAAUCAACAGGCGUCAACUUCAACGAGAAUACACCUGACCUGUUUCCCCGUAACAGCCAAAUGAGAGAUUUUCUAGGGAGUCGCGCCAGCUUCCCUUAUGGCAAGUGCUCAGAUCGUCCCGGCCGAUGUUUGCCCCAAGAGCUUCCGCCUCUCCUAUUCCGUUGGUGGAACAAGAAUUCGCAUGGCCUGAACACUCGGACAUUAUUAAUGGCUGCAGCAUUCGCUAAAGCUGAGUCGCCAGUAGAGCGCGUCAUGCUAGAAGGCAUGGGGCGCGAGGAUUUCUUGUUAGCCUUCAAGAACCAUGUCACAAAAGCGCGAGUCGAUAGCCCAUUCAUCUCCCUGUUCAAAUCUCCGUUGUCACCGAUACACAGAGCCGUCCGUCACCAAGAUGGCGCAGUAAUCUCUGUUAUUGACCCGUCUAAGCUGGAGAGAGAUGUGAACUGGAAGGGAUUCGGCGAAUACGAGGUUUGGGAGAAGAUCGAGGGACCUGCCAUUGUGUGUACAUUCGACAUCCGCACGCUGAUGAAUAUCGAUCAUGACAAUCCGGUCAUCGGUGGAUUCCUGCAACUUCUCAUAAUCCGCGGAUAUGACUCAGGCAGCAACGCCCUACAUGUCAGGCUUAAGAGUAUCCUUAAGUCUCACCACGAUCAUGACAUGGCAUUGUCACGGCUCAUGGAGCUACUUGAGGUUCCCGAGCAGUACCGGGCUUCAAUGUGUCACUGCUUCAAGAAAUCGUGGUUCGAGAAUACCAUUGAAAACUGGACACAGGGAGAACUUGAAGCAUCUCGAAGUGUAUCUCCACGGAACGAAGUGUACAUUCACCCAGUGGAUAUACCCGUGCUCUCAUACCCACUUCCAUUCACCCCCCCGGAAAGAUAUCGGAGAUCCGUAUCAGAAAAAUCCUACAAACCUCCGAGACGCGACGAGGAAACUGAAGGGGAAUCGAGCGAAGAAGAGAAGAGCUCCCAGUCCCCCGCAGCGCGAUGCCCUCGCCAUGACACCCCAAGCUCUGGAUAUUCGGUUCGGGACGAAAGUGAUGACGAAGAUGCUUACCGGAAAUUCAAUGCGAAGCAAUUCAGAGCUCAUCCGCCCAUCCCAAUCAAUUUUGCGGGACGAGAUGAGAUCGAACAAACACCAGAUGUGUCGGAUAUGGAGAUGGUCAAUGAGUGGCCAUCGGAAGGAGAGCACUAUCAAGUUUAG